ACGUCUCUACCUUAGCAUAAAUGGGGUUUAACAAUUUCUUCCAAAACUGCCCCUCUAUUCCUCUCACUCGAGAGCACUCUGUCUUCUACAGUGCAGCCCCUCUCUACUUCCUGUCUCUCAAACUUCGUCUUCUCAUGCCAUCACAAAGGUUCUGAAAACCCGUUCCUCUCAUUCUCUCUUUGGUCUGCCUUCUCGGAGCUCCACUCAGUGCAAGAGAGGGCGCUGAGUUUCCGCAAAUUUCUUUGCAAAGUAACCGAGAAAGUGGAGAAGAGCUUGCUGAAAAUAUUCACACAAGUCGAAAGAGAGUGAAAAACAGCAGGCUAACUGAGCAAAAUGUGGAGGCAAAUGGUAUUUCUGCCAUCAGCUCAGCUGCAAACCCUUGCCUCAUCGUCAGCCUCAUGGAGAUCCUCAUGCCUCAAACUCAGCUUUCAACCCCUCAUCUCUUCACCUUCCUCUUCAAUGAUGCCAUGUCAGAGAUGCGCUGCUCUCUCCUCGUCCCACGCCACCUUCACUUCCUCUUCCAGUGCAUCUGCCUUUGCUACAGGUCACGAGCACGAUGACGUUGAGGCUGAGAAUGAGGUUGACAACUUAACUACAUUGCAACAGAAACUAAAUGGGGCUCGUGCAGAUGGUUCAAGGGAUCCCCAGCAGAGCUCAAAUCAAUAUAAUCAGACUUACAAUGGGGUUUUCUGGAGAAACACAGGCAACAUGAAUAACGCAGUUCAACAAGACGGAAAUUUUAGUGGGCAUUAUCGGCAAGAAAAUGGAGGGCUGCUGCAGACCACUAAACUGGAUGGGAGACAUUUAGGAAAUGGAAGUAUAGAGAAUCCAUAUGCAUCUCGGCAGGAGGGAUCCAAAGAAGUCAGACAGAACCCAAAUGCAUUUGGUUCACAAGGCAAUUUAGGGUCUCAGGGAAACCUGAAUCAGAAUUAUAUCCAACAUUUUGCACAAAAUCAGCAAAAUUUAAAUGGUUACUACACAAGGAAUGACGUGAUGCAUCAUCAGAACUCUACUUAUGGACAGUAUCAGCAGAACCCUAGUUGUGGACAAUAUCAACAAAACCCUAUUUAUGGACAAAAUCAGCCGAAUCCUAGUUAUGGAAAAUAUCAUCAAGCCCCUAGUUGUGGACAAUAUCAGCAAGGCCCUACUAGUUAUGGGCAGCAAAGCCAACAUGUUGGACAAUAUCAAACAAAUCCGGAUCCUUUUCAAAAUACAAUAGUGGAUUCUCAAGUAGCAAGUGAGUCUAAAUCUGAAAGAAAGCUUAUCGAGGCUUCUGAAAGUAGCCCAUAUAGUGGUACUCUUGAAGAGUUGGAUAAGUUUUGCAAGGAGGGCAAAGUGAAGGAGGCUGUGGAGAUCUUGGGGAUGCUAGAGAAGCAGGAGGUUCAGGUGGAUUUGCAUCUAUAUUUUCAGUUAAUGCAGGCAUGCGGGGAGGCUAAAGCUCUAGAAGAAGCAAAAUUUGUUCACGAAAACAUUACAAGAUUACUGUCUCCCUUAAACGUGAGCACAUACAACAGAAUUUUGGAGAUGUAUUCCAAGUGUGGUUCUAUGGACAGCGCAUUUAUGGUUUUCAACAAGAUGCCAAACCGCAAUUUGACAUCUUGGGACAUUAUGAUAACAUGGCUUGCUAAGAAUGACCUUGGGGAAGAUGCCAUUGAUUUAUUUACCGAGUUCAAGAAAGCAGGUCUGAAACCUGAUGGCCAAAUGUUUAUUGGUGUUUUCUAUGCCUGUAGUGUAUUGGGAGAUACUACGGAAGGACUGCUGCAUUUUGAAUCAAUGAGCAAAGAUUAUGGCAUUGUCCCGAGUAUGGAUCAUUAUGCGAGCGUAGUAGAUAUGCUAGGAAGUACAGGCUAUCUGGAAGAAGCUUUGGAGUUCAUUGAAAAGAUGCCAUUGGAACCUAAUGUCGAUGUUUGGAAGACCUUGAUGAAUCUCUGCAGAGUUCAUGGGCAGUUGGAGCUCGGGGAUCGGUGUGCUGAGCUUGUUGAGCAGCUAGAUGCCUCCAGCUUAAAUGAGCAAUCAAAGGCUGGCCUUGUUCCUGUAAAAGAUUCAGACCUUGUAAAGGAGAAAGAGAAGAAAAAAUUAGCAGCGCAAAAUCUUUUAGAAGUCAGGAGCCGAGUCCAUGAAUAUCGAGCAGGAGAUACAUCUCAUCCUGAGAAUGAUAAGAUUUAUGCUCAACUUAGGGGUUUAAGGGAACAAAUGAAGGAGGCUGGUUACAUUCCAGAGACUAGAUUCGUGUUACAUGACAUAGAUCAGGAAAGCAAGGAAGAUGCUCUGCUUGCCCAUAGUGAGAGACUUGCUGUUGCUUAUGCCCUCCUCAGCAGCCCAGCUCGUUCACCUAUUAGGGUAAUCAAGAAUCUUCGUGUUUGUGGUGAUUGUCAUAAUGCAUUGAAGAUCAUCUCAAAAAUUAUAGGCAGAGAACUCAUCAUGCGAGAUGCUAAGAGAUUCCACCAUUUCAAAGACGGCUUGUGCUCUUGUCGAGAUUAUUGGUGAACAACAUGAAAGUUGAUUUAUCUCAAGAUUGAUACCAGAGCCAACCCCUGCCAUAGCUGCCGCCAUUAGGGAAGCUCUGAAAUGACCAUUUUGACAUGCGUGUGGGAAUUUUCUACACGGAAAUCUGGCUGACCUUUCAUUUAAGCAGAAGAAGAUUCAUAUAUACAUACCAGCACCAUUGGCUAAUGCUCCUCAAGUAGUGGCCUGUGGACAUGACAGCUAGUACAAUGCUGCAUUGGAUGUACUUUGACAUCAAUGCAUGUAAGAUUUUUUUAAGUUGAUAAAGGAAUGAUGACUAGCUGGGAAUUCAUUAUUAGAGAGUAAAUGAAUUUGUUUAGAUUAAGAAAUAAUUAGUGAAGAUUAGACAAUGGCAGGGAUGUAGUUUCGCAUAAACACGUACAGAUAUA